AUGAAUUUCAAUAAUUUGAAUGAGCAGAUAACUACCAACAUGGACAUAUUUCAGCCGACAAAGGUAGAUACAUUUAUCAUCAAAGCCUACAAGAUUGUAACUGAUGGAACAAUCUUGAACAGCUAUCAUAUUACAACUUCUUCAUCAAGUCCCUUAAAUAAUAGUAAUAGUGGAAACGUAGCGAAUGAUCAGGAUGAGACAGAUACAGACGCAUUGAAUAAUAAUAAUAAUACUGGGAAAGUUCAAAGGCGAAAAAAGAAAGGGUCCACAAUACAUCCACAGUACUCUAAGACGUUUGUCAAAUUAUCAAAAAUAUAUAAUUCUUUGUUAUCAAAUGGACUCUUUGGUGAUGUUUCUACUUCUCCAAAAUCCGAUAUUGAAUUAUUUCAAAGAUUUCAACAGAUAUUAAAGGAAUUAGAAUUAAAUUUUGAGAUGAGUCCAUAUUCCAAAUAUUUUAAUAAAGUCAGUGAAACUUUGUUCCAAGUGAAAGAAGACAACGAAUUAACAUUUGAUGAUCCAUUUUGGAUCACUUUAACUGAUGCAAUUCUUAACUAUUAUAACCCUAGAACAGGAAAGAUUAUUAAUCAGGGUCGUAAGAAAAAUGUUGUGAAGAGAAAUGUAUCUGCUGGGAAGAACACUAAUGCAUCAGAGACCACAAAUAAUAACGAUUUUUUCAAUGUCACCAAUAAUAUGUUAACUGACCCAACUCUAUCAUUACAAUUACAAAGAAAAUUACAAAUGAUACCACAGGAUGUAUCUUCAAGAUCACUAAAUGGGUAUUAUACACAACCAACUAGUCCUGGAUCAGGUGGAUUCCCAUUCAACUUGGGAGGUACUGAUGACGAUGACAUAUUGGGAAAUAAUUUCAAUAAUGAUACUACAGGGAUUCCAUUCAAUUCAAAUGAUGGUGGUAGUAAUAAUAAUAAUAAUAAUAGUAAUAAUAGUAAUAAUAACAAUAAUAAUGGGAACAUACCGUUACAGAAUGGGAAUAAUAAUUUCAGUUAUAUGAACCAUAAAAAAAGAAGGUCAUUGGGAUCAUUAACGUUGGACGAAUCCGCAAUGGAUGAUUUAUUAAGAUUUACCAACAUAAAUAAAAAACAAAGAACACCUCAAUCCUUUAAUAAUAUUAUUGACGACUUUAGAUUUCCAAGCAAUGGUGUCCCCCUGGAGAAAGUCGCAUUGACAAAAAUGAGCAAUGUCGAAGUAAUGAAGGAUGGAGAUACGGAAACUGGUGGUAAUACAAAUGUAAAUUCUAGUGGACCUUUAACAACAUCUUCUCUUCCCGUGAAUGGGAUCAACACUGAAACGGGUCAAACUUCAGCUUCAAAUUCAGCUCCAAAUACAAAUAUGACCAACAUUACUGAGACGAAUUCCAAUGGACAAUCUGUAAUCGAACAAGUCUCUAACAAUAACGAUAAUGUUAGCGGAACUGGUAUUCUAACUACACUGGACAAUGAUUUAGUUAAUUCUGGCAAUAAACAAAACGUAGUAGACUCUAUGAACAGUAAUGACAUAAACCCCAUAUCCAUGAACAAUAACAAUAUGUCUGAUUCGGGAAGGGUCAACACAAUGCAAAUAACACCAGAAAGUACCAUGAAUUCUAACACAGCAAAUAUAAAUUUGAGUUCACACACUGGGGAAUCCCGACCAAAUUGUGUGGGUGCCAGUAACAUAACCAGUAGUGCAUUUUCUGGACAGCAUGGCAACGGGGCUAUGAAUAACUCAAUAGCAAAUGCUCCUAUGUUAGAUGCGCUCUUUCAAGAAUUACAUGGCAAAUAUGAGGCUAUUAUGAUAGAGAAGGACAAAAGGAUAGGUUCUCUUGAGGCAGAAUUAGAAUCACAGAGACAGGAAACAAUGUGGUUGCGAAAAAUGCUCAUAGAGGACAUGGGUUACAUUAGGAACUUCCUACAAAACACACAAACCUGA